ACGAUUGGUUUUGCAUUUUACUAAUUUGGUAAAUAUUACAAACUCUAUGCAUCAAAAUGUCUUAUACUUAUGAUGAAAUAUACGAUAAUAUAUGUAGACUUUGUUUUUCAAACAACAAAAGUGAUAAUAUGGUGAAUUUAAUCGACGAUUCAAAAAAUUUAACUCAUUAUGCAAAAGCUGUAAUGAAAUUAACAAAUAUAAUAAUAUCUGACGAUGAUUUGCCAAGAAAAAUGUGUUCGGUGUGCUUAUUUCUAUUGAAACAAACAAUUUUAUUCAAACAGAAAUGUGAAUCUACUGAUCAUGAAUUUAAAAAUUUAAAAAGUUUGAGUAAUUCUUUGGAGGAUUUAAAGGAAACAGCUGUUCAACAUUGGAUGUAUCAAUUGUAUUUUCCUAAUGAAUUAGAUAAUAAAAUUAGUCAAGAAACUAAUAGUUCAAAUUUGGAUACAAAACCAGUAUUAAAAUGUGAAAGAAAAUCAACUCAACCUAACACAAUAUGCAAUAUGACUGACAAUGUCUCAAUUUAUACUGAAGUUAAUAACAAAGAUAAUACAGACUAUUUACUUGAUGUAAUUGAAAAUAAGUUUACAACACAAGACCAAACAUUGAACGACCAUCAAAGGAAAUCAAUCAAGAAAGAAACCAAAAAAAAAAUAAAGCGCCCAACUAAUAAACCAAACUCCUUAGAGUGUAAAAUAUGCAAGAAAGUAUUAGCAAAUCGAUUAACAUAUAAACAGCAUAUGCAACGUCACACUGGUUGUGAUUACAUCUGCGAGCACUGCGGUAAAGGUUUCCCCGUUAAAUGGGAGUUGAAUACUCACACGGUAUCAUUACACAGUACUGGUGUAUACUUACAAUGUCAACAUUGUCCAUUCAAAGCAGCUAGAAAGUUCGAUUUAGUAGAACAUAUUAGAGUACACACCGGUGAAAGGCCAUUCACAUGUGAGAAAUGUGGCUUAACGUUCCGUACACGUUGUGUAUGGAAACGACAUUUAAAAUAUCAUAAGGGAAAGAAUGUACAAUGUACACAAUGUCCUCGUAAAUUUCACCAACGUUCAGAUAUGUUGGCACAUUGUAAUAAUGUACAUGACAGAUUAUAUGUUUACUUAUGUAAUAAAUGUGGUAUUACAUAUGCUAAGUUGGCAACACUGAGAAGACAUUUGACAGAAAGACAUGGGAUACCGAGGGAACAGCAAAGUAAAAUGCUAAGGGUGAAAAAAGCAUCUAUCACUUUAUGAGAUUAGAAAACAAUUUGUAUAAAAUAUUUGAGUAGGGAAGUAGAAUUAAUAGGAACUUUUAUUUGUCAGUUAAUUUUUUAGUUAUUUACUUAGACUGUGAAAUAAGCCCUUAGUAUGGGCACUGAGUACUUGACUUGUAAUCUACAAGUCCUGGGUUUGAAUCCCAACAUGUACCAAUAUGAUGCUAGGUUUUCUAAUUUCAUAUGUAAAUAAUUUACCCGACAUUCUUACGGUGAAGGAAAACAUUGCGAUGAAACCUGGCAUAUAUCAGCAAAGAUAUGUGUAAAGUCAACCAACCCGCAGUGGGCCAGUAUGGUUGACUAUGGCCUAGUCACUUACUUAGGGUAGACUCCGAGCCCCUAAGUGGAGACACAUAGUGAACUGGUGAUGAUUGGUAUUGCCAGUCUAUGGUCCAAGUAACCUAUUAGUAAAAAAACUUUUAAUGUUUUUUUAAAGAACUUUAAGUGAAGAAUUUAGAUUUGAGUUAAUUAUUUUAAUUGAAUUUUUCAUAUAUCAUAAACUAUAAAUAUCUUUAUGGAGGGUAGGUUCCCCUUGUCCCUUUCUGGCGACGGCCAUAGCAUUUAAAAUGAAAUAUAAGUACUUAUUACUUUGUACAUCUGUAGUUUUAAAGUAGCUCAAAAAUUUAAUU